GUCAGACUAAUUAUGUCGAAUUUUGUUGGCAUUUUUCGGUUUUUAUUCAGUAAUUUUUAUAAUUUUCAUCGUAUACGCAUAUAGUAUUUUGGUAUUAUGGCUUUCCAAGACAUCCCCCAAUGCUCUGAAAGGUGCCGAAGCACAAGGCAUGGAGAUAUCAUAACUGCUGUGUUGACUAAGACAAGCAUUUCUGAUUUGGAAGCCUGCUCAUUCCUGAAUUAUAUUUGCAACAAUUGUGAAUCUGUUCGUGAUUCUGCUGGGAGAACCGCCUUGCACACUGCAGCUUCUGUUGGUCGAUCAGAAGUUAUAAGGUGGUUGGUGCAAAAUCGGCAUGCUGAUAUUAAUGCUAAAGAUGUCGAAUCUGGCUACACCCCAUUGCACAGGAGUAUAUUUUACAAGAAGAUUAAUGCAGCUAUUGAAUUAAUCAAAUUGGGUGCCAAUACUAAUUUGUUGGAUAAUGACAGUUUAACAUAUCAGGAGCAUUGCCUGAAAGAUGGAUACAAACCUGCUAAAGACUGCUUUGAAGGUGAAGUGUAUGCAUGGGGAUCCAAUACAAAUCAUGUUUUGGGGACACACACAAGCAGUACUCCUGAAUUGUUUGAUACCUUUUACAAGGAGCAACCAACUGAAACUGUCCAACAGAUCUGUAUUAGCAAGUUUCACAGUGUAAUUGUAACCAAGAAUGGUAAGGUUUUCAGUUGUGGACACGGACAAGGCGGACGUUUGGGUUUGGGAAACCAACAAACAACUGUUACACCCAAACAAGUUUCCUUUUCUGAGAACAGUCAGGAACCCUUGAUGUGUUGGUAUGCAAGUAUUUCCAGAAACCACAGCAUGUUUCUUCUUUCUGACAAAUUCGUAUACACAUGUGGAUUGAACACGCACCAUGUGCUGGGUAUUUUUCCACCACCAAAAGAACUAUUGGUUCCGAAACAAAUAAAAUCUCUGAUUGGGAUAGAUGAAAUAUGUGCGCAGAGAUAUCAUUCAGUUGCUUGGAAUGCACAUUGUUUGUAUACGUGGGGCUUGAAUGCAGGACAAUUGGGCCACAAGUUGGUUAAUGAAAAAGACAAAUAUGUUAUAUCACCUAGGGCGGUGACAGCAUUAAAUUUGAAGGAUACAACUAUUAGUUAUGUCGCAGCAAGUGAUGGUGCCACCGCGAUUUAUACAAUUAAAGGAGAUAUAAUUCUUUUACAUGAAUAUCAGUGCAGAAAAAUCGCUUCCAGGCAACCAAAUAUUGUGCAACUGAGCGUUAUUGGGGGAACAUUGAAUGCGUCUUUGGAUGAAGAAAUUCUAAAUGAAGGACCAUCCCAAUUGACUGUCGUAGCGUUAACAGAUUCUGGAGAAUUGUUGAUUUGGCAAGAGUCAGAUCCUCAUUUGUGUAGAUGCAUUUUUUAUAGAUCAAUACUUGUGAGAGAGGUGUGUAUAAACACUAAUGGAAUAUACUUUGUCACCAAUGAUGGAGGAGCAUUUAAAGGGACAGUAAAAGCAAGAAAGAAUAUGCGCCCAGCAAGCCACCAUGACAAAAAACGUAUGAAGGUACAAUUCAAUAAAUUCUUGGAAAAGGAGAAUUGCGUGACAAUUAAAUUAGAAAGGAUCCCUAAAAUUCACCGGGCCCUCUCAAUUGCAAGCGAUCCUCACGGCAACGAUUUCUGUAUUAUACAAGCAACUCCUUACUCUUUUUAUGAAAUCCCCGAAAUGAUACCACCCGAGAUGGAAUCAAACAUCCGUCGAUUAUUUGAAGAGGCUGACCUGAACGAUAACAUACACGAUAUAGUUUUCAAUGUUGGAAAUCAGUCGUUCCCAGCGCAUAAAUUUGUAAUAGCUUCAAAGUGUCCGUACUUAUUGGAGGUGAUGAAUCAGGAUAAGUCGGUUUUAAACAAUGAGAAUCCGACCAUUUUCAAGCAAUUUUUAAUGUUUUUGUACACGGGUUCUUGCGAUUUGCUGAAGUGCGGAGAAAUUACAUCUGAGGCGCUGCUUAAUCUGUGCAACAGUGAUAAAAAUUGUAACCAAGUACAAGGAACGGUUGCGGAAGGAUUUGAUGGUACACGAAGUGCUAUCGAAUGUUACAAAGAAGCUAAAUCUCCUCCUAAGAAAAAUGAAAAGACACCGACAAACCCCGUACGGUUGCUACGUGAGCUCUCUAAAAAAUUUAAGUGUCAGGAAUUGCAAAAUGCUCUUUCCCAUGUCGACGUGUAUAAAAACGUGAUUAAAACAAAGGGUAAACAGCACAGACACGGCAAGCCAGUGUUCGACAUGUACAGUUUUCCAGAACUGUGCGAUGUGACCAUAAAAUGUCGUGACGGCAAAACUUUGCGAGCUCAUCGUUGCAUUUUGUCCAGCAGAUUGGAAUACUUUGCCAAUUUGUUCUCCAUGCGUUGGGAUAAUUCUUCCAAAUCAGAAAUCACUUUGCCCUUCCCGAAGAGCACUGCAUUAGCCCUUUUAGAAUACAUUUACACAGACACAAUCGUAGAUCUGGAUGCCAAGGAUUUCGAUCACGUAUUGAGACUCCUCAUUUUGUCUGACCAGUUUUUCGUGGCCCGUCUCAAGAAUCACUGCGAGUUUCUGCUGGCCACGAGUCUGACGCUGAAGAACGCCUCUCAAAUAUUGCAAGCCGCAGACGUUUACAACGCUUGCUUGUUGAAAGAUUGCGCUUUAACAUUCAUCGUAGAUAAUUUGGCGGCGUUCCUCGAGUUGAACUUCCUUAACGAUCUGAGCGAGGAUCUCCUUCUCGAGUUGACCACGACGUAUUUCAAUCAGAUCCUGGAUUCUUCUUGCCGUGUCAUAACACCCUAUUCCGAUGCACCAUCUGAUGAAACCGUUAAGUGGGUGCACAACAAUUUUAGGGUAGAUUUAAAUGUGAAAAUUGAGAAGAAACCUACACAGAAGAGACGUUCGAGAACUCACAGGGCUUCCACAAGCGAGAAACCCCAGGAGAACGAGUCCUUCAGUGAUACUAAUUUGGACAGUGUCGUUCAAUUUCCAGAUAUUCAAGAGGAUUGCGUGGAAACCAAUCAAAAAUUGCCCGAUCGAUUAAGGGCGAUCACAAUGGCUAGUGAGAAAAUAAAGGAUGAGAAGAUGGAGUGCAAUUUCACGACACUGUCGUCUCAAAAUUUGAACAACUCGUUCAGCGAAUCCGGAACGUCGUUUGAAUCGUUCCCGGAGUUGGGUAGUCCGCCCUGUUCCUCUCAUUCAGUAAACAGAACUCCCAGGACCAAGCCAAAACCGAUUAAGGUGUCACAAAAACAAAAGAAACUGUUAUCUUCGGAGACCGGAGCUAUCCCGAAGUCACCUGCGGUUGCUGAGAGUCCUAAAAAUCCAUGGAAACCAAUUCCUGAUAUAUCUAGUCCAAUUUCUUCGCCAGAGGCACAGUGCAGCAUGGAUGACAUAAUAUCUGAUGAAAAGAAACAAAAGGAGAAUUUAGUUAAAAUACAGAGCAAGCCGCUUCUUCAUACACAGAUAGAAGACAAAGCCAUAGACGACUUGCACAAGGUCUACAACACCGAAGCUGUGAAUGAUGAGUUUAUUACUAUAGAACGAGUCUCCAUUGGAAACGUCGCUUCCCCCGUUUGGGUGCCAAGAACUAAGUAAAAAUUUUUAUUUUGUGAUCCUGGUUCUAAUAAAUUUGUUUUGAAU